AUGGCAUCAAAUCCAGCUUCUAGAUGCUGCACUGUUGGCUAUAAGCAUUCAGGAACCCCUUCAGGUGAAAAUACGAAAGUUGGGGGGAUCGACGCCUACAUCGCCAAACCGUCUGCAGGGAAAACCCAUUCUCAGGUCGCAAUUCUCUAUCUCAGCGAUAUCUUAGGUAUCCCCCACAAUGCGAAAUUAAUCGCAGACCAAAUCGCAGCCAAUGGUUACCUAACUUUAAUGCCGGAUCUGUUCAACAGUGACCAAUUACCACCGAAUGUAACUGAAGACUUUGACUUUGUGACUUGGAUCAGGGAAGGAACCGGGGGCAAAAAUCCUCACACAACCAAGGAAGUUGAUCCAAUUGUUCGACAAUGCGUCGAUUAUCUCCACAAUGAGCAUGGCGUGCAGAAAAUUGGCGCGUUCGGGUAUUGCUUCGGCGCCAAAUACGUUUGCCGCUUCUUGAAAGGGGAUGGCCUCGUUGACGCUGGCUAUGUGGCUCAUCCUUCAUUUGUCUCUGAGGAGGAAGUGAAGGGGAUCAGGGGUCCUCUUUCGAUUGCUGCCGCAGAGGACGAUUUUGUUUUCCCAGAGGAGAAGAGACAUCUGACCGAAAAGCUGCUGAGAGAGGCAUCAUGCCAAUAUCAGAUCACAUUAUAUUCCGGGGUAUCUCAUGGCUUUGCGGUUCGAGCUGAUCUAGGCAAGAGAGGGAGCAAGUGGGCUACUGAAGCUGCUUUCUUGCAGGCGAUAGACUUCAUGGACAGCUGGCUUUUAGUCGAGAAUUCAUAG